CCUUCCCAAGAACAUGUAGAAGCUGUCCGGCGGAGAGGCGCUACAAGGUUCGUGGCAGAGCAUUCGAUCACCACGUUUUUAUUUUUAUGCAGUAACUGUAUGAUCCAGAGUGUAACGUAACGACUCCAUACCAACAGAAAACAAUGAAGGGUGUGACCUUGUUCCUUCUGAUGGCUUUGGCCUUCUGUCACGUCACAGACGGCGCAUGUCCCCUGCAGGCGGCCGGCCUUGGAUGUUUCUGUCAGAACGGCGUUGUCGACUGCAGUAAUAAACACCUCAGCACAAUCCCAGCAUUCAUCGCCACAGGAUGGAAUCAAUUCUCGAUUCUCAGACUGUCUCACAAUAAUAUCACGAUGAUUCCCAGCAAUGCCUUCACCAACAUCAACGUUACCACUAUAGAGCUCGACUACAACAACAUCAAUAAUAUUGCUAAAGACGCUUUCUCAGGUGUUUCAAGUUAUCUAACGUCACUGAACCUGGAGGGAAACAACCUCGCUGAAGCAUCCGAUGCCUUCAUAAACUUGCCGCAUAUCACAAGCCUCAACAUCCUCCAUAACCCCGUCCGAAGCGUCCCUGAUCCGGUCCUGUAUGCCAUGGGAGCAACGCUCCUGGACUUCAGCUUCGGAGAUGAUGGAUUGAACGUAUGGCCAACAACACUGAACCAUUUACAGACGCUGGGAAGUCUUAGAUUUGAAGGUUUAGCUAUGAAUAAUAUUCCGUUCGAUGCAUUCCAUGGAUUUGAACUGACGCUGAAAAAGCUUACCAUUCGGAGGACCGGUGUAUUUAGUGUCCCUCUCGCUGUGAAAGAACUUCUGUACCUGGAGGAAUUCUAUUUUGAGGACAAUAUUCAAGUUGCCGAUUCGGGCCUGAUUGAAAGUGCUUUCCGAACCAGUCAGGGCAAUGGUGCGUCUCCAAUCAAGACACUUAGUCUGAAAAAUAACAGUCUAACCACCUUUCCAACCGCGCUCAGGCAAUUUCCCAACUUGGAAAACUUCUUCAUGGACAAAAACCGACUGUGGUAUAUCAACGACGCCAUGGUAUCGUAUGUGCGAGGCUUCAUGUACAAUGUCAGCCUCAGGAGCUGCAGUCUUGACCGUAUUCCACAAGCCAUUCUCCGCAUCAGGAACCUCAGAUACCUCGACUUGUCAGACAACAACAUCAACAGUAUAUAUAGCAACGAUUUCACCUUCAGCGACGGAAACCAAACUCACGAGCACUUGGAGGUUCUGAAUCUAGCCAAAAACCCUCUGGCGUACAUAGCAAGCACUGCCUUCACGAAUCUCGUCAAACUCCGAGAGCUCAACAUUACAUCGACUGAGCUCCAGGCGAUUCCACAAGCAGUAGGCAGGGUUCCAAGCCUCCGGAAGGUUUAUGUUCAUGACACGCCGGUUGAAUGCACGUGUGACUUAAAAUGGAUACCCAGCUCUAAUGCGAGGAACGUGACCUUUGAAGGUGAAUGUGACACCAUAACACAGUCUAUCGAAAAGUACAUCAGCGACCGAGUCCCAACCUGUCCAAAUUAAACACCUGCCAUUCAUCGGAGACUUGUGUAGUUUGCUAAACUACAUUGAGGAACGCCGGAAAUCAAAUGAGUUUACAAAAGAAACGUAUUAAAACUUCACCGUUUAGGUUUUCAUUUUGAAUUCUAACUGUAUAUUUAGUCGCUUUUGUUUUAUUUUUGUAUCGUCUCGAUUCCUGUUUUUUUCCUUCAAUUUGUGGUUCCAAUUUGUCUUUCUGUGUCAAUGCUAAGGGAUAAACAUUUUCUACUUUAUAUAUCCUUUCUAAAUUCUGUUUGUAUUAUAUUUUGAAUAAGUGAUGGCCAUUUCAUUUCGACCAAAUAAAGGCAGUAGCGUGACGUCACUGCUGAUAAAACCUCCAUUGAGUGUAUAACACGGCGUUUAAGGAUCCUCGUUCCACUACAAAUAUCUAAACUAUCCACUGAAAACCGACUUUGCCAGCAUGACUAUAGCUUUGAUAAAUCAUUUGUGAAUAGAAAGCUAUACAUUGUGGCACUUUAAUGAAAAUAAUAAAGAUGAAAUAAACAUAAAAAUAAUCAAGAACAGUGUUGUAGAUUUACCCAAUACAACCCAAUACUACCCAAAACAAGUGUCGAUUUACCCAAUACGACCCAAUACAAGAGUCGAUUUGCCCAAUACUAUCGAUUAUAAAGUUAAAUGUACAAAAUACAAGUAUAGAUGUUGUGCGGACCCAGGUAUUUUUUGGCAAAGUCAUCGUUAUUUGGAAUUACUUAAUUCAAUCUAUUUCAUUUCAAAAUAUUUCAUUGAUAAUACAAACAAAGAUAAAUAGAAUUAUUACAUUAUUGUGAAUGUAAGUAUUUUAGCAGGACUAGACCGGAAUUCGAACCCUGGACCUCAGAUUGUUAUACUAUCGCUCUAACUGAGUGAACUACCUGGUCAACAGAAGUAUCAUGGCCCAACUGUGCAACAGUUAUAUCCACAACGAAAGUAAGGGGAGGUUACUGUGUAUAGGAAGGGGAGGUUACUGUGUAUAGGGAAAACCAGUGCAGUGAGACAGGGAUCCCUUACAAAAUGUUAACAUGCAUGAAAGUAUAAAUUUUUGUCACUUCAUCAAACAAAACAUGAAAAUAAUCCAAUUUUCUUUCAAAUUCGAAGCAACAUCAUGAAAAUUUCAAAUAUUAGAUCUAGACAUUUUUCCAGCUUAUUAAUAGCUAGACAUUUUUAAUAGAUUUCUUAUGUAUUAUUGACAUACAAUGUAACUUAUCUUAGAUUCCUAUGUAGUAAUAGCUUAACUCAUUCCCCCCUGAAAUUUCAUAAUAAACUAUUCCAACCUUUGAAUUGGAAGAGUUCUAAUGUGUCUUCAGGGGUGAAGGAGUUGUUAACCUGUUUUAGGUUUCCUAUGUAUUAAUGAGAUAUUGUUUGUCUUUUUUACAUAAAUGCAUUGUUUAUCUUCUGUACGUGUUACACUGUACUUAUGUUAGGUAUUUUGGGUAUUCAUUUCUUGACACUGUGUACAUAUCUUCAUUUUUUUUGCUUAAGUUGUAGGGAAAUCACUGGUGAUUCAUAUGAAAUAUGAAAUUUUAUGGAAACUGUUUUUAUUAUCACAUAUAAAUACAGAUUACCAUUGACUAUCAGUUAUUAAAUGCUUAUUCACUAUGUACUGUAUGAUUCAGAAGAAAAAAGUGAAAAAAUCGUAUAACAAAUUCCUGGGUGCACAAAAACCUCCAUGGACACUUCUUCCUUCCCCGGGCACUUAAUUGGGUGACCCUUGAUGUAAAUCCCUUUUCCUGUCUCUUGUAUUAAAAUGUUCAAUCAACAAA